AUAUGCAUCAAAUUUGGGGAAUUGUGUUGAUAGAAGCGAAGGAAAGUUUACUGGCUUGAAGAGUCAUGAUUGUCAUGUAAUUAUGCAGCGCCUCCUUCCGUUUGCUUUUUCAGCAUUAUUGCCACGUAAUGUUCAUGAAGCAAUUGCAGGGAUAAGUGUUUUCUUCCGCGAUUUAUGCAGCAGAGUAGUGACUGAAGAGGGUAUUAAUAAUUUGAAGACAAACGCACCAGUCAGCAUGUGCAACCUCGAGAAGAUAUUUCCUCCAUCAUUCUUUGAUGUUAUGGAACAUCUUGUUAUUCAUCUCGCAAGAGAAUUGGAACUUGGUGGUCCUGUGCAGUACAGAUGGAUGUAUAUUUUUGAGCGUUAUAUGCAUCAUCUGAAGAAAAUGGUCAAAAAUUUAAGCCGGGUGGAAGGAUCUAUAGUGGCACAGGUGAUCAAUGAAGAAACUGCAAUCUUUGCUGAAAAUUAUUUUCCACCAGAAGUGCAUACAAAACAUCGAAGACCUUCUCGGCACAAUGACAGAGGAGAGAGAGCAACAUAUCAUGUUACUGUCCCAAGCAUGUUCAAGGAAAUAGGACGACUUAGUGGAACAUUCACGAAGCGGAGACUUACGGACACUGAGCACGCUCAUUUGCAAACAUAUUUGCUCACCAACUGUGAAGAUGUUCUACAAUAUGAGAGUGUAUAUAUGGCGGAGUUGCGUAUGACUCACAGGCAUGCAACAGAACAUGAGCUUCAACAACUUAGAGAUAAUGGAUUUGCUGCGUGGCUUCGUAGUUAUGUGAGUCAUAUAAACAAAUGAGUAGUUUAAUUUUAAUAUAAACAAAUUAACUUUUCACUCAUAUAUGUUUUUAAUUUAUAGGUGAAUGAUGGUUUGGCCAGAGGUUUUGUGUUCGAUGAUUGGAUACGCGAAUUUGUGCAGGGACCAAACUAUGUGGUCAAAU